GCGAUGACAGGCGGCGGUCCGGACGUGUGGGGCUGAAAAGUGGAGGAGGAGGCGGAGGGGCAGAGCUCCGAGGGGGAGCAGUUCCCCCGGCUGAGAGAGGAGGAGGACCCGGCCUCUUCCGGGGCCGCGGGAGCUCGCGAGGCCGGGAGCAGAGGGCAGCGAGGCGGAGGCGGCGGGAGCCGGAGCCGGACGCGAUGUGCUCCGAGCCGCGCGGCUGCGCCCAGGCGCCCACGGCCUGAGCCCCCGGCGCUCUCCCCGGCUGCGGGCGAGGCGGAUGCCCUUGAGCGCGGCUGCCCCGGGCGCGGCUGUGCGGCUCCGCGGCGCGCACUGAGCCUCCCGGCUGCCUGGCCGCUCCGCCGCUGUCCGGCAGGCACUCGAUGUGUAGCCACAUAGUUAUCUGUGCACAUCCUCGCCGCGGCAUUUUUCUCUGCUUAAUGAGGACCUGACUCGGGAGCGCGUGUGAAUCACUGCUGGGCUGGGGAAGGAGGAAGGCGAUUUAACCCCCUCCCACCCCGCUCCAUGUCCGUGUGUCACUCGGCUCUGUCCACCUGGCGCGGCGGGUCCUGGCGUUGCUGCUGCGGCUGACGACCGGGCGCUGCUGUCCCCACACUUCCUUCGCGUUGUCCGGCACCUCAGCCUCGGCCAGACCGGCACUUGGGCUCCCAGAGAACUUCUAGUUUUUGGAAAGCACAUCACGAACCAAUCAAAACUGUGAAGGUUUAUUUACAUAGCUGGAGGAUUUCUGCUCUUGUUUGUUUUCUGCGUAAACAUCUGGGUGUCUACCAAACGGCAAGAUGUCCAGCAAUGUCCCGGCGGAUAUGAUUAAUUUGCGCCUCAUCUUGGUGAGUGGAAAAACAAAGGAGUUCCUGUUCUCCCCUAAUGAUUCUGCUGCUGACAUUGCGAAGCAUGUGUAUGAUAACUGGCCCAUGGACUGGGAAGAAGAGCAGGUCAGUAGUCCAAACAUUCUACGACUUAUUUAUCAAGGAAGAUUUCUACAUGGAAACGUCACAUUAGGAGCGUUAAAACUUCCUUUUGGCAAAACAACAGUGAUGCAUUUAGUGGCCAGAGAGACCUUGCCAGAGCCCAACUCUCAAGGUCAGAGGAAUCGGGAGAAGACUGGUGAGAGUAACUGCUGUGUGAUCCUGUGAUGCUGCAGCCAGCACCCAUGGCAGUCUGUUCACAUUGUUGGGACAGAGGAGACUCAACACAGCUGCUGACACCUUUAGGAAAGUCGGCCUGCACAUCUGUGGGAUUAAUCACUCACAAACUCGGUCAUCUUUUCUCACGAAGUGAAAAGAACCAAGAACAUUUUUCACUAUGAGUUUUUAUCUCUUGUAUUUCUUGUUUAUGUUGAGCAUUCUAAAACAUGCAGUUGAUCUCCAGGGGAAAAGUUAACAAGUUAUCUUUCACAGCAGAAACUGUUUGCUGCCACAAAAAUUUUCAUCACCAGAAGUAAUAAAUUAAGUGUUCCAAAUACAAUUUGCACUUAAAAAAAAAAAAAAAGAUUGUCAUUGUUUUCCUCAUCAGCAGAACAUAAGAGUGUGUGGUACUCCUAUACACAGUUCCAUACUGGAAGACACUCAGCAAUCAAUGAAGUUAAUUAUGGGGCCAACCUGACAGGGAAAAAUGGAAAAGAAACUGAAAUGUUGGGUGAAUUCUACCAAAGUCAAGUCAGUCAUGGUGGCUGCCCUGCACAGAAUACUAAACAGAGUGACGAUAUUCACUGCAGCAAAUGAAAACAUGUGCCUGUUGUUAAAGCACUCCGCAGAGGCUUCCUUGAAUGCCCUGCACUGAGUCCUCCUUGCUGAGUGCUCCUUGAGACAGCACAGGGGGCGGCAGUGUGUCCCCAGCCUUAACCCAAGGGGCCAGUCUCAGAGGCUGUCAUUACUGUGCAGAAACGGUAGAAACCUCAGCGCUGAUCCCUUUUAUGUAUUUGAAUAUCAGAAAAUUGACAUUUUCCACUAUCGUUGCUUACCCGUAACUGUGCCCACAUCAUGUUACUCAUUAAAGUUCAGAUGAAUCCUUACAAACUAGAAACCUCCAUAUUCUAAUUUUGUUACUUUAUAGUAGUUUGCAUUUGGAAUCAGUGCUUGCAAUUGUAUUAAAAUCAAAAGCUGAUUUUUAAGGCAUACAUGACUAGUAAUGCCACUCUUAUUUUUACCAAUAAUUUAAAAAUUGAUAUGCUACAAACAAUUUGCACAGCACUAAAGCAUGAGCUAGUUUCAUCUAAACCUGUAAAAAAAAAUAUGAAAGAUUUUAUAUUUUUUUCACUAGGAAGAAAUUCUUCCUGGAUGAAAUUACAAAUAUGUGUAGACUAUAUUUAAUAAAAGUCUUAUAAAAUAUCUAAUUAUAGAACUUAAAUAUAGAUUGGCGUGUAGUAUAUAGAUCAAUAUUCCAUAUCAAUAACUUUAGCCUUUUUAAAAAUGAAGUUGCAGGCUGACAUUACAUCCUGUAUUUAAUGAGUGUUCUUGGCUCUCACAGACAUUAAGUGUAAAUGGUUUCUGAUGGUCAGCUUUGUUUAAAUGCAAUCAGGUUAUUUUAUUCGUUGUUAAUGCUUUGAUGAAAAGGCUUUAUAUGCAGUAGAUCUACGAAAAUAUUGUUCAUACUGAUCAGAAUUAAAUUUGUAUAGAGCAGAGUUUUAAAAUGAAUGUAAAUAGCACUAAACCUUUCCUUUCUGCAACCUGUACUUAAGUCUUUCUGUAAACUAAAUAAAAAAAAUUGUAGUGCA